AGAUAAAAAAAAAUGUCAGUUAGCCUUCAAAUUUUUUGUUGUAGUUUCAGUUUGAAAAACUUAUUUUAUGUAAAGAUGUUUCAUUCAUAAUGAACGGCAAUUCAGACUCCAGAAAAUCACGCAAAUUAAUAAAACCAAAACUAUCAACUUCACCCCCUGUGCAUCCAGAGGCAUCAAGUUCAAGAUUUACAAAUGAUGAUGAUAACAAACCAGCAAAAAAAGAGGUCCUUUGUCCACUGCUAGCUAAGGAUUCGGAAUGGGUGGACAUCAUUCAGACACCUGUGCCGAGCGUGCGUGCUAAUUCGUCGCCUAAUGUUUCUGAUGAAGAAGAAGUUCUUCAACUCGUGGAAUGCGAAGAAGGAUCACAGAUAAGGCCGCUGGCUGCCAUGUUCCCUGAUCUACUCGACAAGGACCCAAGAACAUUGCAAGGCAUGUUAAAUAAAACUAUGUCUACUACAGAAGUAACAAGAACAUUGGUGGAUUUGGGUCAAAAAGCUAAUUUCAAAUUUAUGAAAAAAACAGAUCGUUUAAUACCUCCUGAUAAAAAAUGGCUGGAUAGUUUGACCGAGUACAGUAGUUCUAUAAUGUCCGAUUAUUUUAGCGGAAGCAUUAGUGAUUAUGACGUGGGUCUGAUGGACACGGAUGACGAAGAUCUCAAUUAUCUCGUUCAAACUUACGAAGUGACGACGCCAAGUAAUCCAGCCUCAAUAACUGACAUUUCAAAUAAAAAUAGUGUUACCCAGUUACUAUCGGAUAUGCUGCAAAAUAUAUGUGGUACAGAUACCAAUAAGAAUUGAAUAAGACCGAUUGCAAGCAAUACUGCCAGUCAAAAUAAAUGAAGAUAAAUACAGUGAAAUUGAACAUCAAAAUAUAUAAUAUUAUUACAUACACAAAUAGUUUUGAGAUUGCACCAACAUGACAAAUCCCGGCGACAUGCACGACUAACAUAAUGUAAAUAAGAAGACCUUUUGUAAAUUAAUUAUAUAAAUUUAAUGUUUCCACAUUAUAUACAUAAUCAUAAACUAAGUACACAUCCUUA